AUGUUAGGCUCUCGCGUCCUUGUCGCUUUCUGCAUGGCCCUCCAGGCCCAAGCAGAUGUAACCGAAGACUACGACAAACGUCUUAAAACCGCCAUAAUUCUUGACCAUCCAACUACAGGCGCUAGCAUAGCCCCUGACGGCCGCACCUUCCUCAAAAUUGCCCAUAUUGACGGCACGACGGGUUCACAAAUUGUCGAGGUCAUCAGCAACAACCACACACUCAUUCCCUACCCCGACGAGGAAUGGAAUUCGUGGAAUGUCAGCACAGACACGCCAACCGAUUCAGAGUACAAAUACGUUUCAACCAACGCGCAACGUAUCGGUCCUGAUGGAAAACUCUGGGUUGUCGACAGUGGGAAUCUUCAAAUCUUCCCUAAUUCGUCUAAGCUUAUCUCCUUCGACCUGGAGACUAACAAGGUGGAGCGUACCUAUUAUCUUGGCGAUGUUACAACUACCGGUGGCUCACUGAAUGACGUACGCUUCAAUGGAAGGUACGCUUAUUUGACCGAGUAUACCAUCGGUUCUCUCAUUGUCCUAGAUCUGGAGACCGGUCACGCACGGAUGGUGCUGCGCGGCCAUCACUCAGUCGUUGCAUCUAUGCCGCUAUCAGCUGAGGGCCAUUUACUCCGCAGUUCUUCCACGGGACAGUUUCAGUAUAUCCAUGCUGAUCAGCUUGAGGUCUCGCCUAGUGGCGAUUACUUAUAUUAUCAGCCAGGCAGCGGAUACAUGUCACGCAUCGAGACAAAAUAUCUCAAUGAGGCACUUCAUAAUAGAACAAUGGCAGACAUGCUGCCCAACUAUGUGGAGCCCUUUGCCUUAACGCCUAGUACCGGGGGCACGGCCAUUGAUUCCAAUGGCAACAUUUACUACAGCGAUGGCGACCGACAGGAGAUCCGGGUUCUAGCGCCUAAUGGGACUACCAUGUUGUUGGUUCGAGAUCACAGGCUUUUGUGGAUAGACGCUUUAUGGCUGGACACACAGCAGCGUCUGUGGAUGUGCGCGUCGCAGCUUAAUCGUGGUGAUCUCUUUUUGCAACCCGGAUAUCAGGAGAAUACCAUUAAGAAGCCUAUUUACGUCUAUACCAUUGAUAUUGGUCGCAGCCCACCAACAUUGGAUCAUGCUUGA